GACGUCUACGUCCACACCGCUCCGACCGCCCUCGGCGCGCUCACCGUCAUCCGCCCCAUAUCCGGCGCGAUGUUCCCCGUGCGUCCCCUCACUCUCUUCAGGACGCUCAACCCGCGCUGGGUGUCGACGCUCCUCAGCUGCGUCGUGGUCCUGAUGAUCCCCAUCCCGUUCGCGCUCAAGAAGUGGGGGCCAGCGCUC